AUGCCCCAGACCUUCGUCUUAAAAUUAUUUCAUCUGCUCACUGGGAACGCCAAGGGGGCAGAUGAAUCUGCUCCCCGUUCCCUCCUGCAGCUUGUCAUGGCUUCCUCGCCAGAUCUCUCUUUACCACCAUCCAGAUCCUCCCUUCUCCCAUCUCUCCGCAACAUGGCUCCAAGGCUCCCUCGGGCAAAGCUUAAAAUGAUUCAAGAUAUGAUAUCGAGCAAAUCACUGACAACCUCAGAAAUGGCUAACGCCGCUGAAUGCAGUAAACGUUCAAUUAUUAACAUCAGCAAUAACCUUCGCUGGUUCGGAAACGUCAAAGCACCGCAAACGCGUGUCGGUCGCAGACGAACCUUUACUCCUUCGAUGUUAGAAGCCUUGUCUAAGAUCAAGACCAUUGGCUAA